CGGAGAUCUCUCUCCUCCGUUUACAGGGCAUACAGACAAAGAAGAAGGAAAUGGCAAAAGAAAAAGAAGAUGAAAAACCUCACACAGACGUAAUUCUGCACUCUCUCUUUCUCUGAUCCGAAUUCCGCUUCUGCAUUUCUGUCACAUUCUCUUACCUCCUUUCUUAGACACUUCUCAGCCAUUACCUCGGAUCUCAGCCAUUACCUCACUUCUGUCUCAUUCUGCGGCUGAAACUGCUCUUAUUAGGAUCGGAUUGAGCUCUCCCAGAUAUUCACGACGGAUUCAAUCAUGAAUCCUUUCUCUUCAGGAACGCGGUUGCGGGAUAUGAUUCGAGCUAUACGUGCUUGUAAAACUGCAGCAGAAGAACGUGCUGUUGUUAGAAAGGAAUGUGCUGCCAUUCGUGCUGCAUUCAGUGGAAAUGAUCAAGAUUGUCGUCAUCGCAACCUGGCAAAGCUCAUGUUCAUUCACAUACUUGGUUACCCCACACAUUUUGGUCGAAUGGAGUGCUUAAAGUUGAUAGCAUCUGGUGGAUUUCCAGAGAAGAGAAUAGGGUAUCUUGGCCUCAUGUUGCUUCUUGAUGAGAGACAAGAAGUUCUUAUGCUGGUUACAAAUUCUCUGAAGCAGUAUCCUACAAUAGACCUCAAUCACUCAAAUCAGUAUAUUGUGGGGCUUGCCCUUUGCGCUCUAGGUAAUAUUUGUUCAGCAGAAAUGGCUCGUGAUCUUGCACCUGAGGUGGAAAGGUUGCUUCAGUUUCGAGAUCCAAACAUUCGAAAAAAAGCAGCAUUAUGCUCUAUAAGAAUUAUAAAGAAGGUCCCUGACCUGGCAGAGAAUUUUAUUAGCUCUGCUGCUGCGUUGCUUAAAGAAAAGCAUCAUGGAGUUUUAAUCACUGGAGUUCAGUUAUGUACAGAUUUAUGCAAAGUCAGUGCUGAGGCCCUUGAAUACUUUAGAAAGCGGUGCACAGAGGGUUUGGUCAAAGUUCUAAAGGAUGUUGUGAAUAGUCCAUAUACACCAGAAUAUGAUGUUGCUGGGAUUACAGACCCUUUCCUCCAUAUUCAUUUGCUUAGGCUGUUACGUGUGUUGGGACAUGGAGAUGCAUAUGCUAGUGACUGUAUGAAUGACAUUCUUGCCCAGGUUGCGACAAAGACCGAGCCAAACAAAAAUGCAGGGAAUGCUAUUCUUUAUGCAUGUGUUGAAACUAUCAUGAGCAUUGAAGUCAAUAGUGGCUUACGUGUACUUGCCAUUAAUAUUUUGGGAAGAUUCUUGUUGAACCGUGACAACAACAUCAGGUUUUCUUUUGCUGCUGCUCAUCCUAAAUGUAUUUGUGGUCUUAUGGUCAAUUUGUCUCCUUCAUUUUCAUUGUUGUAUCUUUGCUGA